AGUCAGUCGUCCAACUUCAGCAUUUGGAGUCAUUCGAAGACACAGGAACAGCACACCAGAUGAGUCAUGGAAUGGAAAGUGGAUCACCCUUUUAAACACCACCUAUGCCUUUGUAGCUGUGAUAGAGUACACGGCCACUCUGCUUUUCUGGUUCUGGAGAGCACAUCCAGAUAGUUCAGAUACUACUCCUGGGAGGUUUCCUCUUUGAGGACAUCCUGCAGAGAAAUUAUGGCUUGUGGUUUUAAAUAAAAAUUGAGAAGGAAAAAAUUCCAGCCCAGUAGGAGUCAGCAACGUGCACUUCACAAGACUUGGAGGGAACUCACUGACCCUCUGUCCUUCCACUAAGCUGAGAGGCUUCAGACCUCUCUGCCGCCGAUCUGUUCCUUUGGGUGCUGGUGAACGUGUGUUGGGGGGAAUCAUACGCCCUCCUUUGUGCUGCUUUGACCACGGGAAGGAGUUUAAAGAAAAAGAUUGAACCAUGACAACGGCCCAGCUAGACUGUCAGUACUGCACCACAUCCCUUCUUGGGAAGAAAUACGUGCUCAAGGACGACAGUCCCUACUGCGUUUCCUGUUACGACCGCCUCUUCUCUAACUACUGCGAGGUGUGCAGAGAGCCCAUCGAGUCAGGUUCCAAGGAUCUCUGCUACAAAGGCCGGCACUGGCAUGAAGGGUGCUUCAACUGUGCCAAGUGCAGUCAGUCUUUGGUAGAGAAGCCCUUCGCCGCCAAGGAUGAGCGUCUGCUGUGCUCCGAGUGCUACUCCAGCGAGUGCUCUUCCAAAUGCUUCCACUGCAAGAAGACCAUCAUGCCUGGUUCCCGAAAAAUGGAAUUCAAGGGGAACCACUGGCAUGAGACCUGCUUUGUCUGUGAGCAUUGCCGACAGCCGAUAGGAACCAAGCCUUUGAUCUCCAAGGAGAACAGCCACUACUGUGUGCCCUGCUUCGAGAAGGAGUUUGCUCCCUUCUGCAGCUUCUGCAAAAAGGUGAUCACGUCAGGUGGCAUAACGUUCCAUGACCAGCCUUGGCAUAAAGAAUGUUUUCUGUGCAGUGGCUGUAGGAAAGAGCUUUGUGAAGAAGAGUUCAUGUCCAGAGAUGACUACCCCUUCUGCCUGGACUGCUACAACCAUCUUUAUGCCAAAAAGUGUGCGGCCUGCACCAAGCCCAUCACUGGUCUCAGGGGAGCCAAGUUCAUUUGCUUCCAAGACCGCCAGUGGCACAGUGAAUGCUUCAACUGUGAGAAGUGCUCUGUCUCCUUGGUGGGCGAAGGCUUCCUGACCCAGAACAAGGAGAUUUUCUGUCGGAAAUGUGGCUCCGGGGUAGAUACUGAUAUGUAGGUGGAGACUGUGAUUCCCUACCUGAAGUCCACCUGGCUUUUGUCCUCACUAAAUCCAAAGCUUGGUUGAAGUAGCAUAUCUGUCACACCUUUACAGAUCAGUAGGGUAGAGUUUGUAGGGAGAGACUUUUCACACUUGCUGACUGAAACAUAACAUUCUAGAGUUUUUAAAGAACACAGUAGAAAACCUCUCUUCCUGCAGAAUGCUGCACUCUGCUGUUUGGAACAAAAUACCUUUUAAAAGCAAGUGACACCCACUUAGACAUCACAUGGUGUUACACAGGAUUGAUGUUUCCCAAAACUGAGGCGAGAGACAGAAAUGAAGCAGUCAAAGGGAAAGGCCAUUUUCAUCUGUAGUGAGCUCCUCACGCAUGGGCUGCUGGAUCGGUAGCAAGUGCGAGGAGAACAAAACUGAUUAGCAAUCAUCACACUUAAA